GUACACUUUUAUCGAUAAGAUUAGACAGGGCAAUCAGAAGGCGAAAGAGUGUAAGCAAAAAUGCAGAAAUAGUAUUAAAUUUACCUGCGCUAUGAGCGGUUAUGGUUGUUCGGUAUGCUAGUUUGUAGGCACCUAGGCCACGCCUGGCUAUUAAUAGUUGGUUUCGGCCUUAUCGUCCGGCAAACACAAGCGGAACAUAUACUGGCCAUAUUUUCGUAUGCCUUCUCUUCACCCUAUCUGGUGGUAAGGCCACUUAUCAAGGAACUUGUCGAGCGGGGUCACCAAGUGACUGUUAUUUCAGGGACAAAACAUUUUCCCACUAUCGAUGGAGCUCACCACAUUCGAGUUUUGAGAUUGGAUAAUUUAUUAAACGAUUUAAUAGACUUCGAAAAUGGAUUGGACAUGAAUCCCUCUAAAUGGAGAAAGGCAACGUGGAUAUCGGAGUUCUAUUAUUUCUCCUCGCAAUAUAUUCUUGCCGAUCAUGGAGUUCAGCAGCUAAUACAUAAUUCGACCGCCCAGUUCGAUUUAGUCAUCAUGAAUACUCCUAUAUCAGAUGCAUUGUGUGGCUUUGCACAGCAUUUUAAAGCCCCUAGAAUAGGAAUAUCAGCGUACGGAUCGGCGUGGAUUAUUGAUUAUCUGGCUGGGAAUUCGGCACCAAGUGUAUAUGAACCAAUGUCCCCUCUAGAGUACACAUCAACUAGGUCGUCCAGCAUCUUGGACAAGUGGGACAGUUGGGUUUAUAAGACCGAGGAAUGGUUGCUGGAGAGACUAGUUUAUUUGCCGCCACAAAUCAAACUAUACAGACAAUAUUUUAAUGACUCAUAUUCAAAUUUCGAUGAGAUUCGUCGAAACUUUUCAUUGAUUUUGGUCAACCAACAUUUUAGUUUGGGACGUGUCAGAUCCAAUGUGCCGAAUUUAAUUGAAGUAGCAGGGAUGCAUAUGUGUGUGCACAAAAAUUGCAAACUAGAUCCUAUUCCGGACGAUCUUCAGCGAUUUAUGGAUGAAGCGGAGCAUGGUGUGAUCUAUUUCUCAAUGGGUGUGGAGAUAUAUAUGAAGUGGCUACCAGAUAAAAUGAAAUCUACGUUUCUGGAAGCAUUUUCGAAUAUAAAACAACGUGUAGUAUGGAAAUAUGACGGGUUGAACUCGUUAAAGGAUAAGUCGGAUAAUAUAUUUUUUAGAUCUUACUUGCCGCAACAGCAAAUUCUAAAUCAUCCCAAAACAAAAUUGUUUAUCACUCAUGCUGGACUUUUAAGUAUCAUUGAGACAGCUUAUUAUGGUGUUCCUGUACUAAGUUUGCCUCUCUAUUACGAUCAAUUUGCGAAUGCCCAACGCAUGCAUUUGGCAGGUGUGGGCCAAACUUUGAAGCUCAAUUCAAUAAGUGUCGAAACGUUAAAUGAGAGUAUUUAUGAGAUUCUACACAAUCCCUCGUAUACGUCUAAUGUUCAGAGAAUGUCAAACCGAUUUCGUGAUCAACCUAUGAGCCCAUUGAAAACCGCUGUCUGGUGGACCGAAUAUAUUCUACGGCACAAGGGUGCAACUCAUAUGCGAUUGCCUGAACAUGAAAUGUCUUUCAUGCAAUAUUAUAAUCUUGACCUAAUGCCUAUUCUCUUUGGAAGAAUAGGACUAACCGCUAUUAUUGUGAUUUUAUUAGCUUAUAAACUGACAAACUGGAUAAUUUCUAGUUACUAUAUCAGACUGGAUUUGCUCUGAACCAUCUUUUGCGAAUGAAAUAAAAGUAAAUGAAAAGAAAUA